UGUUUUGUUGAUAUUUGCGUUUUUAAUUUUCACUAAAAUGCUGAAUAUUGAGUAUUCACUAUCUACGUAUUUAAAUAUCUAAACUGAAUCAGUGAUUAGUAUCGAGUUAAAUUUUUUUUGUUAUAUUGAAUUCAUUUAUUGUCUUAUUGAUGAAUAUAAUAGUUCUUCAAAAUGGAAAUUAGACAAAAACAGUUGUUAGACUUGAAAUUAUAUGUAGAAAACGUAGAAGCCGAAGUGACAAUGAUUCUACAGAGUCUCCAGUGGGAUAGAAAAAGUCUAUUAGAGAAAGGCUCUAUGGUAUCUUGUAAAUUUGACAAUAAUCAUAGAGUGCCCACUGAAAGGAAGGAAGAACACGAGAAGCAGUGCCUGUUGAGGCACCUUGGCUAUUCCAAAGAAGAUGUUCUUUUACCUGAUCCUUCUGAUAUCACAAGCAACACUGUUACAUUCGGUAAAUAUGAUAUACAAGAGAUACUAAAUGCUGCUUCACACACUGAUCCAUUGUUCAGAAAAGGUUCAGGAUGCGAUGGAUGCGAGCCGCUGACGCUGGCGCGGCUGCAGACCGUGUACUCGGCGGACGAGCGCCGCGCUAUAUACGAUGCCGUCGUGAAAGCAGCACCCUCUUGCCAUGAUCUCGCUGAUUUGGCUCUGCCAAGUUCCAGCGAGGGCGAGGGCUCGAAGCCGUCGGGCGCCAAGUCGCGGCUGGAGGUGCUGGCGGAGCUGCGCGACAUGAAGCGACGCCGCACCAAGUACCGCGUCGCCGCCAAGACGCGCAACUACUCAGACGUGCUGCGGGAUGUCAUCAGAACACAGAUGGAGACGUACACAGAAGUUAGUGGAGCAGCAAUAAAAGCUACCAUCACUACCAAAGCUAACGCCAAUAUCGAAAGAAAAUCGGACAAUAGUAAUAAAUUAGAAAAAUAUAAAUCAGAAGAUGUCUAUUAUAAACAUGAACGCAAGAGAGAUGUAAGAAGAUAUAACGAAGAUGAAAAUGCAAGUAAGCAAAACAGAUUGGAGAACAAAAGACACGACAGAGAUAGAGAAAGGAAAGAAAACGAAAGAGAUUCCUAUAGAGAUAGAUCUAAAUGUGAUGAUACGAGAAGUUACGAUCAUAGAAAGAGAUAUGAUAAUGGAAGUGAGAAGAAAUACUAUCAUACAGAUGAGAAAUAUAAACAGUCAACAACUACACAUGAAGACAAUAAAUAUUAUCGUGAAAGUUCUAGAAAGAAGGAUCGAGAAGAAACGUAUUAUAGAAGCUACAAGGAUAGAGAUUCAAGAGACAGCAGAGAGUACGAUAAAAGUGAUUAUAAAUGUUCCAGACAUAGCACGAGUAAAAGUAAUUUAAAACGGUAUUACGACGUCAACAAAGAAGUUGAGUCACACUACAGUGAAAAGAUAAAAAGGCGCAAUUAGAAUGUUAAAAUAAAAAGUAUUUACAAUUC